AUGAAGCUGCGAAGAAAGCUCCUUCGGGUUGCAACCCUCCUCAAGGCAUGCAUGCUGGCGUACCGCGAAGUCGUCUAUGUUAUGGACCUCACCGACCUCCGAAGCAAAGACGAGGUGUAUCGGUACAUUGAGGUCAAUCACACAGGGACCAAGUGUUUGCACCGCGUGCAUGCUCCUUUCUCGACAACACUUACUCCCAAACCCGAGCACGCGGAAGUGGCUCUGCUUUUCAAUCAAGGCACAGCAGCCAUGCAUCUGUUCAGCCGCUUGACGAAGAAGCUUUUCGAAGGACUGGACGUGACGCCAACCGUAGCCGAGAUCGAGAUGGAAAAGCCCAAGAUCCCAGUCAAAACUGGUGGAGGUCCCAUUCCGAAAUACUUCCCGCAUACGGUCAUGGUUGUGCGAAUCGAUCUCACCACAGAGUUCUGGAUUCUUGACCCAACUGGCGCUCAAUAUGGAAUUCAGGAUGUGUUUGUUCCCUGGAAACACUACGUGGAGGAGUAUGAAGUCUCUCUCACGAAAGAAUACCCAUUUCCCGUGACGGAAACACAGGAUCUGGAUUAUUUCGCUACUCUCCCGGGAGCGACAACCUUCGCAGCGAAGAUAGCGAAGGAGCGACAGGCUCGUAUCGUAUUUUCCUCAUUUGUCGAUUGUCUGGUAAUUGAAAACUUACUCGGUGUGUCGGAGACAGACUUCACACGGUGGGUGGGGGAGUUUCAGGAGAGACUGAAGGAACAUUUGAACAGGAAUUUUGACUACGGCGAAGCAGCUGAGUAG